AUGGGCUGCCCUGCCCCUCUGCACGGCUUUGCUGCCGGGGUCCGGCCGGUCAAGUGGGAGGCCUAUGUGGAGUACCUGAAGAGCAUCAGCUUCAUUUCCCAGGCUUUGCUGGAAGAGGCAGCCACUGCAAAAGAUGGCGGUGACGUGGUGAUGCCCGACACAGCCAAGAUGCUGAAAGUGGCGGAGCAGUGUCUGGAGAGAGCCAAGAGCAGCAUUGCCAAACUGGGACGGGUGAAGGUGAAACUGUCAACCGAGAGGAGUCCGGGCCCUGCUCCUGUCUGCCGGCACCGCAGGGUGUUCUCAGACGAAGGGGGGAAACUGUCCCCUUUCCUGCCCCCUGAGAUGUUCCAGAAGCUACAGACAACUGAAGUGCGGAGUAUGAAAAAGGAGCUCACCCCCUUGGAGGAGGCAUCGCUGCAGAACCAGAAGCUGAAGGCUGCCUACGAGGCCCGGCUGGCAAGGCUGAACCCCAGCCAGGCCUUGCAAAAGACCUCUCUGACCCUUUCCCUGCAGCGCCAGAUGAUGGAGAACUUGGUGAUCGCCAAAGCCCGGGAGGAGACGCUGCAGAGGAAGAUGGAGGAGCGCCGGCUGAGGCUGCAGGAAGCCGCCAACAGGAGGUUUUCCAGCAAUGCGGUGCUGACCCCAGAAGAGCAGGAGCAGCGGGCCAUCUACGCUGCCAUCCUGGAGUACGAGCAGGACCACGAGUGGCCGAGGCUCUGGAAGGUCCAGCUGAAGAAGAACCCCAACGAUCUGCUGCUGGUGCCCAAACUCAUCUCCCAUCUUCUCAGCUUUGCCGAUCACCCCAUCUGCCAGCUGCUGAAGAAACUGCAGUGCUCCGUCUACAACCGCAUCUACCCGCUGGUGAGCCGGAGUGCGGCAGACCGGAGAGUUCCCGGGAAGGUCACCCGGGGGCGGUCCCUCUCCUCCUCGCUGGAUGCCGAGGCGUUCCUGGCGCCGGCCCCCGAGGGCCCGAGGCUGCGGUCUUCCCAGAGCCUGCACUCCAUGUUCUCCGUCCAGGAAAACAACAAGCUGAACCUCCGGCACAGCCUCUCCAGCACCCCCCUCAUCGAGGACCAGAGCCCGAGCCUGCCCCCCCCGCUGGGGCCCGGCCUCCCCCGGGAAGAGCCGGCCUCCCCCCUGGCCGACCGGGAGAGCUCCUUCGAAGACCUGGAGCAGUUCUUGGCCACUCCACCCGAGGCGUGGCCCUCAGGCGCCCAGGCCCCAGCGGGGCGGAAGGCGUGCCAGCAGGAGCAGCUGAAGGCCGUGGUGAAGGACAUCCACAACGCCAUCGAUAGACUGCUUUCCCUGACUCUGCUGGCCUUUGAGGGCCUCAACACGGCUGCCGCCAAGGACCAGUGUGUGGCCCGCCUCGAAGAAGCCUUCUUUGCUCCCCUCUGGACCCCGCUCCUGGCCGUGUACAGGAACGUCUACAAAACCCGGGAGGUGGCCCUUGCCAGGAGCAUGGAGCUCUACAGGAACACCAUCCCCUCCGAAAUGGGCAUCUCGGCCAAGCUCCUCCCCCAGGGCAGUUUGCCCCGGGGGAUUGGGUCCUACCCUUACUGCGCCGCCGUGCAGGAGCUGAUGUUGAUCCCCCUGGGGACCUGUCCUCAGAAAAAGCUGGAUUGCAUUGUGCGGGCCUUGCGCGUCAUCUGUGAAUGUGCAGAAGAAUACUGGGGCAGCCGAGAAGGCAAGGCCCAACCAGCCUCAGCGGCCAUCGGAGCCGACGACCUGCUUCCCAUCCUGUCUUACGUGGUGCUGAAGAGCAACCUGCCCCAGCUGGUGUCGGAGUGCGCCGCCUUGGAGGAGUUCAUCCAUGAAGGGUACCUGAUUGGUGAGGAAGGCUACUGCUUGACCUCUCUGCAGAGCGCCCUCUCCUACGUGGAAUCCCUGCACGGGCUGGCCCUCGGCAAGUAGCCAAGCCCCUCCCUCCCUCCCACGCGCCCUUGUCGCCAAAGCACCUUUUUCUGUCUCGGCCCACUUCUGCCUCUGUGCUCCUCGCCCCCACGUGAGUCGCAAGGGCUGCUGGCGGCCCUUAUUGUAACCCCCCCACACACACACCCCCAGACUCAACUGACAGCCUCCCCUCCCCCAGAUCCUGUGCACUACUUGAGGAGUGGUCCUGCACACUCUGUGCUGACUCAGAUGCGACGAGGAGCGUCUUCCUGGAAGAGGGGAGACGGGGGGGGGGCGGCCCUCCCUUGGCUUCAAGAGCUGCUUUACCUGAGCCUGGGACUGCUGCUGAUUUGUUGCUUCCUGUUACUGCUGCACCAGCGAGCGGGAGGGGAGGCGGGACGCUUGUCUGCUUGUCCCCCUUGACUUGACCAAGGGGAACCUGCAGUGUUCACCCCAAACCCAAAACCUCCAUGCCUCACUUGCUCCCACGUGCAUGGCCCACUCCCCCCGUACGCAUAGGAAGAAUCAUCAAGGGCUUUGGGUGGUGGGGGCAGUCGCCCCCCCAGCCCUCCUGCUGCCAUCCACUGGGGCCCCUGUGGAGCAGUGGUCCUGACACGGGGAGUCGUCCGUGGGAAUCCUAGAGCUAGAUGGGAGACGGCUGGUUCAGCCGGCAACACUUUUAUUUAUUUAUUGGCUUUCUUGGUCCCCCCCACACCUUUUCUUCCCCGUGGGGACCCAACGGUCUCCGCUCCUCCUGUGAGGUAGGUUAGGCAAAGUGUCUGGGACUGGCCCAAGGUCACCCGGCAAGCUGCCCCGGCAGUGUGGGGCUCUGAAGUGGACCGUCACGGAUCCGCAUCUGACACCAUAACCGCUGCACCGCGCUGGCUCUCCCAACUGUGUGGAUGAGGGGGAAAAUGUACAGACACUAACCCGAGGCAGGGCGUGCUGCUCUCUGUUCAGCCGCUCUGAAACUCUGGACCGGCUACAGCUGCUGCUUGGUCAACAACUGCUGAAGAUGGUGACUGGAUUUGCGGUGGUU